CAGACGACCCAAAUGUGUGGUGGAAUAUCCACCUUUGAAUUUUUGCAAGUAGCAUAGCUUCAAACAAGUCCAAGAAAAACCUUAAACAAACCAAAACCGAAUCAAUCUCAGUUCCAUACAUUCAUUCAAAGAGACCUCAAACCCAAAUUACCUUCACAACUCACUAACACAAACAGAAAAACCAAAUCAAAUCAAAUCACAAACCCAUCUCUCUCUCUAACUCUCUCUCUCCAAAUUAGAAUUUUUCUUGAAUCUCUUCUCGUUGUUGUUAUUGAUGGGCAUUUGUAGAAAACCAUGAGCAAAGCAGGCAACUUCAUUCAACAACUCCUCAAACCUUUCAAAUCUGAAAAUAAAGAGGGGAACAAAGAAGAAGAGUUAGAGAAGAAGAUUCCCGCACUAGAUCAGAAACGAUUCUCUUUCGAAACCCUAACUUCCGCAACCAAACAUUUUCACCCCGCUCACAAGCUCGGUGAAGGCGGCUUCGGCCCUGUUUACAAGGGGAAAUUGGAUGAUGGAACAAUGAUUGCGGUGAAGAAGCUUUCCCGGAGCUCAGGUCAGGGGAAGAAAGAGUUUGUGAAUGAGGCAAAGCUGUUGGCGCAGCUACAGCACCGCAAUGUUGUGAAUUUGCUGGGUUUUUGUGCACAUGGUGCGGAAAAGUUGCUUGUGUACGAGUAUGUAACUCAUGGGAGUCUCGACAAGCAUCUCUUCAAGUUUGGUAGACGAGAUGUGCUUGAUUGGAAGCGGAGGUAUGACAUAAUCGUUGGAGUUGCUCGGGGCUUGCUUUACCUUCAUGAAGACUCACACAGUGCAAUCACUCACCGUGACAUCAAGGCCAGCAAUAUCCUACUAGACGAUAAAUGGGUUCCAAAAAUUGCUGAUUUUGGCAUGGCUCGCCUCUUUCUUGAAAAUCAAACGCAUGUCAAAACCCGUGCAGUUGGUACCAAUGGGUAUGUGGCUCCUGAGUACGUCAUGCAUGGACAUCUAUCUCCGAAGGCAGACGUAUACAGUUUUGGGGUUGUGGUUUUAGAGCUGAUAAGCGGUCAGAAAAAAUCAACUUCUGUUAGUUUAAAUGCUCAAAAUCUAGUGGAAUGGGCAUAUGAGCUGUACAGGAAAAAUAAGAGCUUGGAGGUUAUGGAUCCAACAUUGACAUCAUCGGCCAUCCCUGAUCAGGUAGCAGUAUGUGUACAGAUUGGGUUGCUGUGCACCCAAUCCAAUCCACAACAUCGACCCACCAUGCAACGGGUGGUGGUAAUGCUGUCAAAGAAACCUGGCACACUAGAAGAACCAAGGAGACCUGGAUCUGGAUACCCCGGUUGCAGGUACAGAAGAUCUCCCAAGUUCAAUGUAUCAUCAUCAUCCAUCGAAUCAAUAAUUAUCACGCAAAAUGCGGGACUUCGUUUGAAACUGUGAAUUUGCAUAGGUGUGUCACUAUGGAGUGAUGAAGUUUAUGAUGGAGUUGAUUUCACAUUGAAUUGAAUGCUUCAUCUGUAUAUGUAGGAUCUACCCACAACUAGCAACAAUGUAACUUCUAAAUCUGUAUAUGCUAGAGCUUGUUGAUUUUUUUGGGUUUUUAGCUGAUUCAGUGAUUGCCUAUUUAAUAAGAAAAUGUUAUUCUAAAAAAAAUGUUCUUUUUGCA